AUGGAAACUUCCUUACGCGAUCGGGUCGAUAGCUUGCUAACUGAAUACUCUCAAUUGACACGCCAAUUCUUCCAGUCUCUCACAGCUAUUGCUGAGAACACAUCAACCACAACCGAUCCUUUACAACAGGCACCCGAUCAACUCGUCAAACGCAUUACAGACGUCGACGCACGCCUUCAAUCGGCAUUAGAAGAAAUUGAACAACAUCAGGCACGCCAACAGCGCAUCAUUGCAGUACAGGACGAGAUCCAACAGCACCAAGCGGCACUACUUUCACUUGUGGAACGACUCAACGAAGCCCGUGAGACAUUGGAUAAAGAAUUGACACAAGCAUCGAAGGAACAAAAGUCGAUACAGUUUGCUGAUAAAACCAAUGUGGAUUUCAGUGACAUAUUAUCCUAUGCAUCCAAGCUAUCCAAGUAUACCUCAGCACCACCCGGGUUUGAUCAAAUGAGCAAUGAUUUCAAGGUCGACUUUGAAAAGCCAUAUCCUGAUGAGGAUCGAAUGCGAAGAGGUUUAUUAUACCGACAGUAUGCAGGAACGCACGUAUUACCCAACAUCACCGAUGAAACAGUCGAACACUUGUCUAUGGCAAGCUCGGAAGAUGAGGAAAGGAGGGGAUCAGCAGGAGCCGCUGAUGGUGCAUCGGGUAACAAGCCAGCAACGGAAGAGGCACAAGACAACUUUUGGAUCCUGGAUCUCAACCCUGAUCUCCCAUCUUGA